AUCGGAAAAUUAUGCAUUUUCUCAUCUAAGUAAAGAUUUAAGUCCAGAGCAGGCAGCUGAAUUGGCUGCUAUAAGAAACCGUGUACAAAAUGAUGGUCAGCUUUUAAAAAAAUUUCAUGCAGCAAUGGCCUCUAAUAUAUCAGCAAAAGAUUACUCUCAGAUAUUAAUUGAUGGCAUGAAAUAUUACGAUACUGUUGCCACGCUCAGUCCAGAUCAGAUAGAGGCUUUUAACAGUAUAAGAAAUUAUGUUAGGGACGACAUCCAUUUAAUAACCGGUCUAAAACGAAUAUCGAAUCAUAACGGGUGGACCCCAAGUGAAACUAUUGAACUAGUUUUAAACAUGUUGCAAAAAUCAACUCAAACAAAUGCUCCUAGUGGCACUAAUGCUAUUCUUAGAGAAGGUAACAUCAUAUUGGGAAGAGCUCCGCCGAUUAAAAUUGAUCAAUUACCGAAACUGUCACCUCCCAUGAUGCGUUUUCUUGGUGAACAUUUGAGUCAGAUAGAUGUUGCAGCUAGUCGUCAAUGGUCAUCAUCCGUCCCUGUGCUGCUGAAUCUUCAGGCUCAAGGCAUGUUUACAAUUUGCCCAGUAACAAAAGUUUUUAAUAGUGGUCGUGCUGUAAUAUUCUUGAACAAUCAGCUUGAAGUUAGCAUUUAUAAACUUAAUACUAUACCUAAGGAAGAUAGACUUAAAGUCUUUGAAAUGAUCAGUCGCCUAUCUCCUUCUGUAUCCAGUUCCCAAUUACCUUCUGAAUUGAUGCGAAUAUGUGUACGCGAUCAUAGAUUACGUUUCUAUUGCCAAAGAAAUGAGAGCAUUAAACUCACUGAAAAGUACGUUGAAAAGUAUCCUGCAUUACGAAGGAUAGUUCAAGCCGAUUUAUUGAGUCACGAAAAAGACAGACUGUACACAUUUGUUAGUGAAGUAAGUCGGUAUAAGGUUGAUAUCUACAUGGAUGAUAUGAUGAAAUUUGUCUGUGAAAUGAAACCAAAAAAUAUCAGUGAGUUGGUAGCUUAUUGUGAAUUUGCUAUUACUUGUGUCGAAGAUGAGAUGCUUUUGAUAAACGACCAGAUAAAAAAGAAACAGAUAAUUCCACCUCGCAAUACAAAACUCUCGGUUUGGACGCGAAAAGAAGCCAGCGCUAAAGUAUUCAAAGACGGGCAGACAUUAAUAAAGAAGUUCAGGGUCACCUUAAAAAUAGUAACGGAUAACGACAUGGCCGGAGUCGUCACGCUCGCCGAGGGCCUGUCGGACGACGCGCUCGUGGCGGCCAUCAGGAACACCAUGGUGCGGUUCGGCAGCCCCGUGUCGGCCGUCUACCACGUCCUGAAGCACCCCACCGCGCCGCUGGGGGCGCACGUGGCGCGCGCCAACCAGACGCUGGCGCCGCCCAGUCGCGCCGCCGUGAGCGUCGGCCAGGACGGCGACGUGCGCUCCGUGCUCUUCGAGGGCGACGGCGGGAGGUGCUUUCUGCUCGAGAGGGGCGGCCGGGUGUUCCUCUGUUCGUAUGUGCCGAAGAGUCACGAGUAAAAUUUUAAACAUAUGCGAGAUAAUGUUAUUCUCUGAUUCGAAAUUAAAAAAACAUGUUAUAUGUCAAUGUAUUAUGCCGCAGUUGUGUGCACUUUGAGGGAUUGUAUAAAGGUUUUUUACUUUCUGAUUUGUUUACAAAUAGAAAUACAAACAAAUGUCUUUACUAUAAAUACUGUAAUAUAUAGUUUACGUAUGUAGAAUGUAGAAAUCAUUAUAAUGUAAUAGUUUAAGAAAACUAAAAAACUCACUAACUCAGCGUUACGUUAUGUAAGUUACUUACAAAUAAGAAAACAUUGUAAAAUCUUUUAUAUCGAGCUACAUAUAUGCUUAUCUUUGUACGUUUGCGCGUGUUGUGCGCAUUUAUCCAUCGUUCAUUCGUUCUCCGAUCGAGUUGGAAAGUGGUGGUCGACUCUUUCGUAAAGUUAUUCGGGCUUGAUAAUAAUUGACCGGUUUACUUUUUAUAGUUUUGUGUAUUAAUCGGUGACCGGGAUUCAGUUCUAAUAAAACGAAAAAAAAGCUAAGGUUGGUACCGAUUUUUUUUCAAAUGUAGAAUGUUUAAUCAAAAACGACUCCCCGGAACUCCCGUUUGUAGGCGUAUAAAAAUGUAAAACCCAAAUA